AUGUUUUCAGUCACUAGAAGAAGAGCAGCAGCAGCAGCAGCUGCUGCUGCUGCCAUGGCCACAGCUACAGGAUCGCUGUACUGGGUUGCCACGCAGGGCGAGAGGCCCUGCGUGCACAAUGACGCAAGCUACAUGGUCCAAUUUCCCACUGCUGCUCCACCGCAGGUUUCCAGGCGAGACCUGCUGGAACGGCUAGGCAAGACGCAUCAAUUUGAUGUGCUGAUCAUCGGUGGAGGAGCCACGGGGACAGGGUGUGCCCUGGACGCUGCAACGAGAGGGCUCAAUGUAGCACUUGUUGAAAAGGGCGACUUUGCCUCGGGAACUUCGUCCAAAUCUACCAAGAUGAUUCACGGCGGGGUGCGGUACUUGGAGAAGGCCUUCUGGGAGUUUUCCAAGGCGCAGCUGGACCUGGUCAUUGAGGCGCUCAACGAGCGUAAACAUCUUAUCAAUACGGCCCCUCAUUUGUGCACGGUUCUGCCGAUUCUGAUCCCCAUCUAUAGCACGUUGCAGGUGCCGUACAUCUAUAUGGGUUGUAAAUUCUACGAUUUCUUCGCUGGUUCUCAAAACCUGAAAAAAUCAUACCUGCUGUCGAAAUCUGCCACGGUGGAGAAGGCCCCCAUGCUUACGACAGACAAUUUGAAGGCCUCGCUUGUGUAUCAUGAUGGGUCGUUUAACGACUCGCGUUUGAAUGCCACGUUGGCCAUCACUGCUGUGGAGAACGGCGCUACCGUCUUGAAUUAUGUCGAGGUGCAAAAGUUGAUCAAGGACCCAGCUUCUGGUAAGGUUAUCGGUGCUGAGGCUCGCGACGUCGAGACCAACGAACUCAUAAGAAUCAAGGCCAAAUGCGUGGUCAAUGCUACAGGGCCCUACAGCGAUGCGAUUUUGCAAAUGGACCGUAACCCGUCGGGCCAACCAGACUCCCCGUUAAACGACAACUCCAAGGCCAAGUCUGCUUUCAACCAAAUCGCCGUUAUGGACCCGAAAAUGGUCAUCCCAUCCAUCGGUGUUCACAUUGUACUGCCCUCUUUCUACUGCCCGAAGGACAUGGGUUUGCUCGACGUCAGAACUUCUGAUGGUAGAGUGAUGUUCUUUUUACCGUGGCAGGGCAAGGUACUUGCUGGUACCACAGAUAUUCCUUUGAAGCAAGUACCAGAAAACCCCAUGCCCACAGAAGCUGAUAUCCAAGAUAUCUUGAAAGAAUUACAACAUUACAUUGAAUUCCCCGUGAAAAGAGAAGACGUCUUAAGUGCAUGGGCCGGUGUCAGACCCUUGGUCAGAGAUCCACGUACAAUCCCCGCAGAUGGGAAGAAGGGCUCCGCCACCCAGGGUGUGGUAAGAUCCCAUUUCUUGUUCACUUCAGAUAAUGACUUGAUUACUAUCGCGGGUGGUAAAUGGACUACUUACAGACAGAUGGCCGAAGAAACAAUCGACAAAGUUGUUGAAGUUGGUGGAUUCCAUAAUUUAACACCUUGUCACACAAGAGACAUCAAACUUGCUGGUGCUGAAGAAUGGACGCAAAAUUACGUCGCCUUAUUGGCUCAGAAUUACCACUUAUCAUCAAAGAUGUCUAACUAUUUGGUCCAGAACUAUGGGACCCGUUCCUCCAUUAUUUGCGAGUACUUCAAAGAAUCCAUGGAAAAUAAACUACCUUUAUCUUUAGCGGAUAAGGAAAACAACGUUAUCUAUUCCAGUGAGGAAAACAACUUGGUCAACUUUGAUACUUUCAGGUAUCCAUUCACAAUCGGCGAGUUGAAAUAUUCAAUGCAGUACGAAUAUUGCAGAACUCCCUUGGAUUUCCUUUUAAGAAGAACAAGGUUCGCCUUUUUGGAUGCCAAGGAGGCUUUGAAUUCGGUACAUGCCACUGUUAAAGUCAUGGGUGAUGAGUUUAAUUGGUCAGAGAAAAAAAGGCAAUGGGAACUCGAAAAAACUGUGAACUUCAUCAAGACUUUUGGUGUUUAG